AUGCCAACAGUAAAACGUCGAAAUAUCGGUCGCCGUACUCAUAACAACCAUCGGAAUCAUAAAUAUCAAGUUAAUAAUGAACCUGAGGAACACCGUCAACAGCGUUUGGAAGCAAAUCGAAUAAGAAUUACUGAAUCACGAUCAAUGAUGACUCAAGAACAACGGAAACAGUCAAGUUCUACACGAUUUAUUUCAAGUUACACACGAAAUAAUUUAGAACGUCGACAAAACAGACAACCUAAAAGGAUAGUUCAAUAUGAACGGUUGGCGUUCAGAUACGAUCCAACAAUCAACUACGCUGCUGAUAUCGCGGUUGACUUUGGAAUAAUGAACACCGUUUGUCAAUAUUGUGAUGCAUUGAGAUUUCGACAUGAAUCGCCAGGAUUAUGUUGCGCAAGCGGAAAAGUGAAAUUACCACAAUUACUAUCGCCCCUAGAACCACUAGCAUCACUGCUUUCUUACCAAGGAACUCAGUCCAAAAAUUUUUUACAGAAUAUUCAAAGGUACAAUAGUUCUUUUCAAAUGACAUCAUUUGGGGCAAAUAUAACUGAAGAACGAGGCUUCAACCCUACUUUCAAGAUUCAAGGCCAAAUUCAUCAUCGGACAGGAGCGCUGUUGCCCCCAGCAAAUGCUGAUCACAAAUUUUUUCAAAUUUAUUUUCUCGGUAAUUCUGAUAAUGAAAUCAAUCGGCGUUGUACCGUCAAUCGAACGGUAAAGCGGGAAAUUAUUACACAACUACAACAGCUCUUGCAUGAACACAAUCAAUUAGUUAAAUCGUUCAAGACUGCACUAGAAAUGAUGCCUUCGGAUGAUUAUAAGAUAGUGAUCAGAGCAGAUAAAAGACCAGCAGGUGAACAUGAAAGACGCUUUAAUGCACUGACGUUGAAUGAAGUUGCCAUUGUAGUUGUUGGAGAGAAUUUGGAAACUCGCGACAUUGUGGUUAGACGGUGUGAUGGGCAAGAAACUAACAAAAAGGUUAGCUCCAUGAAUUUUUAUGCUCUUCGUUUGAUGAUUCGCCAGAACAUGGACAAUCAUAUACUGAAGUGUCGCAGAUUGUUUCACCAAUUUGUUGUUGAUAUGUAUGUCAAAGUUGAAACAGAACGUUUGACAUAUAUACGAUUAAAUCAAAAAAAGCUGCGUUUGGAAGAAUACAUUCAUCUCCGUGAUGCUAUGAAUGUAGAUCAAGAUCCAAACAACAUCGGUCGGCUAACCAUUUUACCAGCGACAUAUGUUGGAUGCCCGAGACACAUGCACGAGUACGCGCAAGAUGCAAUGACCUACGUGCGCCAGUACGGUAGACCAUACUUAUUUAUCACUUUUACGUGUAAUCCAAAAUGGGAAGAAAUCACCCAACUAUUACUACCCGGACAAUCAUCUAGCGAUCGCCAUGAUAUUACAGCACGAGUAUUCAAGCAGAAACUUAAGUCACUCAUGAACUUCAUCACAAAAUAUCAUGUCUUUGGAGAUGUACGAUGUUGGAUGUAUUCUGUGGAGUGGCAGAAAAGAGGACUGCCUCAUGCACAUAUCCUCCUAUGGAUGAGUGAGAAAAUAAGGCCGGACGAAAUUGAUGCCAUUAUUUGCGCUGAAAUUCCUGAUUCAGAAACGGACCCAGAGUUGUAUAAAGUAGUGACGACAACCAUGAUUCAUGGACCGUAUGAGAGUCACAACAAGGAGUCACCAUGCAUGAUCGAGAACAAAUACUCCAAACGUUUUCCACGUGCUUUGUUGGCUGAUACAAUCACAGGCAAUGAUGGCUACCCCCUGUAUCGUCGACGCUCUGCAGAAAAUAACGGUAGAAUGUUAAUAUUAAAGGUGAAAAAUCAAAAUGUUUUAGUGAACAACAGCUGGAUUGUUCCGUAUUCACCAUUGCUUUCUAAAACAUUCAAAGCACAUUGCAAUGUUGAGUACUGUAAUUCCGUCAACUCCAUCAAAUAUAUUUGCAAGUAUACGUUGAAAGGCACUGACAUGGCGGUAUUUGAAGUUGAAACCCUAGAUCCUAACGAUGAAGUUUCAAGAUAUCAAAUGGGAAGAUAUGUCAGCAGUAAUGAGGCAAUUUGGAGAAUUUUUUCAUUCCCUAUUCACGAACGUUAUCCUACUGUAACUCAUUUAGCUGUGCAUCUGGAAAAUGGACAACGAGUUUACUUUAUCGAAGCAAACGCUGCACAGAAAGCCGAAAAACCACCGGCGACAACGCUUACAAGCUUUUUUGAGAUGUGCACAAAAGAUCCAUUUGCAAAAACAUUGUUUUACUCAGAGAUGCCGAGAUAUUUUACAUGGAAUGCAUCGUCGAAACAAUUCCAUCGUCGGAAAAACGGAAAGCCUGUUCCUGGAUAUCCGGAUGUGUAUUCAACCGACGCAUUAGGACGCAUUUAUACAGUUCACCCGAACAAUAACGAAUGUUUUUAUCUGCGUUUGUUGUUGAUUAAUGUUCGUGGACCGACUUCAUUCCAAUCUUUACGAACUGUUAACGGUGAAUUGUGUGCGACAUAUCGAGAAGUCUGUCAGCGUUUAAAUUUACUCGAGGAUGAUAAUCAUUGGAAUUACACACUCGCCGAUGCUGUUAUUUCUUCAACCGCGCAUCAAAUUCGAUCACUAUUUGCUAUUAUUAUUUCAACAUGUUUUCCUUCAAGCCCACCUCAUUUAUGGGACAAAUAUAAAGAUAGUAUGGCUGAGGACAUUCUGCAUCGAGUGCGUACAAUGACAGCAAACUACGAGCUUGAAUUUAACGAAGAGAUCUACAACGAGACAUUGAUUUUAAUAGAAGAUUUGUGUCUGUUGAUGUCCGGCAAAAUGCUGCGUGAUUUAGGAAUGUCAGCACCAAAUCGUCUCAUGCAUGAUGCAUUCAAUCGAGAAUUUGAAAGAGAACACCAAUACGAUAGAGAUGCUUUGAGCCAAUUAGUACGAACGACGGUCCCACUCUUGAAUCAGCAGCAGAAAACCGCAUACGACAUUUUGAUGGAAGCAGUCAACAAAAAUAAUGGGGGAAUUUUUUUCCUCGAUGCACCUGGUGGAACUGGCAAAACUUUUUUAAUUUCAUUAAUUUUAGCUUCGGUUCGAGCAGAAAAUCAAAUUGCACUGGCCGUCGCAUCAUCUGGGAUCGCUGCUGCACUGCUAGAAGGUGGACGAACAGCUCAUUCUGCAUUCAAACUGCCCCUAAAUUUGCAAACAAUAGAUGAUCCGACGUGUAACAUUUCUAAAAAAUCAGCAAUGGCGAGAGUACUACAAAAUUGUAAAGUAAUUAUUUGGGAUGAAUGUACUAUGGCGCACAAACGAGCAUUGGAGGCACUUGAUCGAACUUUAAAAGAUUUACGCAGUAACCAGAGUCUGUUUGGUGGUACUAUAAUUCUUUUGUCCGGUGAUUUUCGCCAAACACUACCCGUUAUUUCAAGAUCGACAGCUGCUGAUGAAAUAAAUGCUUGCUUGAAAUCAUCAAAUUUAUGGAAAUAUGUUAAAACUAUAAAGUUAACGACAAAUAUGCGAGUUGCAUUACAAAAUGACAUCUCAGCAGAAGUGUUUUCCAAACAGUUAUUAGAUAUUGGAAAUGGAAAUAUUCCGAUUGACGAUUCUACUGGCUUUAUUUCAUUUCCUGCAGAUUUUUGUCAGUUAACAAAGUCAAAAGAUGAAUUAAUUGCAAAAGUAUUUCCUAAUAUUGGUGCAAAUCAUCACAAUCAUGCUUGGUUGAGUGAACGAGCCAUUUUGGCAGCCAGAAAUAAGGAUGUCGAUUAUUUAAAUAGUGAAAUUCAACGUCAAAUUGAUGGCCAACUAUAUUCAUUUAAGUCAAUCGAUUGCACUACCGAUCCAGAUGAAGCCGUCAACUACCCAAUUGAAUUUUUGAAUUCGUUAGAUGUACCAGGUAUACCACCACAUAAUUUGCAACUCAAAGUUGGCUCAGUGAUAAUUAUGCUACGUAAUUUAAACCAACCGAAACUGUGCAAUGAUACAAGACUUGCUGUUAAGAAGCUAAUGAACAACUUAAUUGAAGCAACGAUAAUAACAGGAAAAUUCAAAGAUGAGGAUGUUCUGAUUCCCAGAAUACCGAUGAUUCCCACUGACUUAUCGUUCCAAUUUAAACGUAUUCAGUUUACAGUUCGACUUGCAUUCGCCAUGACGAUUAAUAAGUCGCAAGGGCAAUCGUUAGAAGUUUGUGGAAUCAACCUAGAAUUGUCGUGUUUCUCUCAUGGGCAGUUGUAUGUAGCAUGCUCGAGAUUGUCACUUCGUCAAUCACUUGAAAAUACUCUUUUAAGUUUUCCGGAAGUUAAACCUUUAAUGGAGAAAUCGAAAAGACUGCAGAAGCAAAAAGAAAUGAAAGAGCUGUGGGCAGCAAAAAAAAUUAUAUACGAAGAAGAUGCUACAACGAACGACGAUGAAGAGCUGACUGAAGAAGAUAUUAAUGAAAAACAAGACGGAGUAAGUGACGAAGAAAGCUCUGAAGACACUGAUGAAGAAUUGGACGACGAUGCAUGUGAAAAUAAUUUAGGUGAUAUCAGAGUGAAUGAAAGUUUUACUUCAUUUAAACUAUUAAGAAAACGAGUAAAAAAUUAUCAAGAUUUCUCGAAUAGUGUUUUUUACAAAAGAGACUGCAAAACUAUUAAAAGAGCUAGGAAGAUUGGAGUUAAACGACAUAUAGAAGCUUGCUUAAAAUACUAUUCCAUUCACUAUCAUUGUAUACAUGGUGGAAAAAAAUUUCAAUCGAAAGCAUCUGGACAACGGUCAUCAAGUACAUUUCAAAAUGGAUGUGAAGCCGGAUUUAAUGUGAAUGUCAGCAAAGAUGGAAUGAGUUUGUAUAUAAAGAACACAAACUUGCAGCACAAUCAUGAAAGAAUCAAAGAAGUAUAUCAUCAUUUACCUCAAGUGAGGAAGAUGACACCUAAACUAAAACAAAAAGUAAAGGGUCUGUUGAAAUUAAAGGCUAAUAAAACGAGAAUACAAGAUCUUAUUUCUAAAGAAACAGGAAAGGUUGUGUUAUUGAAAGAUAUUCAUAAUUUGAAUUACACUGGUGAAGAAAAGAAUAAAUUAGAAGUAGUUAAAAAUAUUUUGGUGAAUGAAUAUAAAGCUGAUUAUCAUUUCUUGAUCGAAGAUAAUGUUUUCAAAGAACUUUUUUUUGCUACACCUCAAAUGAAGUCUGCAAUGAAAUCGUAUCCAGAAUAUAUAGGGAUAGAUGCAACUUUUAAAUUAUUAAAUAUCAGAGCACCGGUAUACUUGAUCAUUGUCAAGGAUUCUAAUGGUUGCACCGAAAUUGUAGGUGUUUCCAUUUUAAUAACUGAAAAUAAAUGUUCUAUUAAAUGGAUGAUGGACUCUUUUAAGAAGUGUCAUCCUUCGUGGGAAAAAAUCCAGUGCAUAAUGACUGAUAAAGAUAUGACUGAAAGAGCUGCGAUUCAAGAAAGUUUGUUGCCUCUUAAAGUUAAUCUUAUCAUGUGUGCAUUCCACACGCUCAAGACAUUCAAUAGAGAAAUCACGACGGAUAAAAGGGGUAUUACUCAACAGGAAUGA